CCGACCCCCGAUAACGAGGCUCAAUCCCGCGCAUCGCCAUCGCAAAUCGCGCCACGGUCACGCGCUGUCGCAACAAUUGAGAGUAUCCGUACACCGGAAGAGACGGAAACCGAGCACCGGCCGCCUCGCUGAGCAUUCAUUCCCACGGACUUAGUUGACUGAAAGAAGGCACGCUGGGGAGAAAGAACCGGAGUUGCGAGCUCCGCCGCCAGCCAUGAACGGUCACAGUUUAGAGAGCGGCGAUGACCGGCGGAGUCGCAGGAAAUAUGCAAACGGGUCCGAGGACGACCGGGCCGAGCGGGAUGGCGGAUCAUGGGAUAAGGAAGCUGACAGACGCAGCCGCCGUCGAGCUCGAUCCCGGGAAAUGGAAUACCGACGGCGUUCAAGAACCCCUGGCUCGGCAGAUCGGCGGUCGCGAUCGAGGGACAGGGAGAGGAGAAGAGAGAGGGACGGCGAGCGGGAUCGUGAUAGCCGCAGGCACAGAAGCGAGGAGAGAGAUGAAGGGAGGCAACGGCGAGACUACGACGCCGAUAGCAGACAUCGACGGAGCCGACGAAGCCCCGACCGCAGAUCCUCGCGUGCGACGCCGCGUCAUGGGGAGAACGAGGUUGUCAAGGCCGACAACGGGCGAAGUCUCAUUAAACGAUCCGGCCCGUUGCCGUCCCAGAGUGAUUCAUUCGCUCUCAGCAAGGGCGAGGAGCUCGAGAAGCCCAAAGAGAAGCCAAACUUUGGGAACACUGGAUUGUUGGCCGCAGCAUCCAACUCAAUUACGCAGGCCGACGGCACCACUAUUACGCUGAAAUACCAUGAACCGCCGGAAGCCCGGAAACCGCCCCCGCGCGAUGUCUGGAAGCUCUUUGUCUUCAAGGGCCCAGACAUCAUCGACACAAUCGAGCUCGGCACACGCAGUUGCUGGCUGAUUGGGAGGGAAUUGGCCGUUGUCGAUCUCCCCGCCGAGCAUCCCAGUAUCAGCAAGCAACACGCCGUGAUACAGUUCCGGUACACGGAGAAGCGCAACGAAUUUGGCGACAAGAUCGGCCGCGUCAAACCGUACCUUAUCGAUCUGGAGAGCGCAAACGGCACGAUGCUGAACGGCGAAAGGGUGCCGGAAAGCCGAUAUCUGGAACUGCGAAACAAGGACUUGAUUCAGUUCGGCUCCAGCACGAGAGAAUACGUGAUCAUGCUGGCACCUAAGGAGUGAGAGCAGCCAAGCGCGCCAAAGACAUGCUGGGCCGGUCGUCCUCCGCGCGAAAAGCUCGCGUAGGGGGGGAUCCUUGCUGUCGUCGACAACGGCAACCUGCAUCCGGUUUCCGCGCACACUGCCUCCAUCUCCAUAUCCGGAGUGUAUGUUGGCA